GCAAAGAGGUGCGCGCGUGUCUCUCUCGCAUCUGGGUGCCGGACGUUUGUACCGGAGUGGACGGGGAGCCCAAAAAUCUUUUUCUUCACUCAGUCAAUUUCAACCGGGCCGCGUGAACAUGUUGCUGCCGCUGAUCGUCGCGGCGACGCUGGCGGGCCUCGCCGGCGCCGACCUCGGCGCCAUGCUCCACGUUUGGGACCCCGUGGCGCCACUCUCGUGGCCCAACAACACCUCCCUCGAACCCCAGUGCCUGCAAGGGAUGCGGAGGGUUGCCCUCGGACUUCGCAACGCGCAACCCUGGGCUGAGAAAAUUAUCGAUGCAACAGGUCGCAGCAGCGCCCGAUUCAUGUUUGCCAGCGAGUACUGGUUAGGUUCCCGACUUGAGUGCGACUUGAUCAACAAAGACGCUUUGACCGCAAAUACCACCGAUUCGACGACAACCGUCUUCAGAAUCGCAACCCUGUUGGUCAACCUGACGCACGAACUCACGCCAAAACCGAGAAAGAUUUCGCUGGGCUUGUGUUUGCCUUCCGAAUGCGGCGAGCAGGCUGAGGUGAGGCAGCUGAUGCAACUGAUGCUGCAACAAACUGCACCUAGAUAUGGACCGCCCCGAGAAAUAAAAGUGGCCAAAAUUAGGAGUUUGCCUGGCGAGUACACAUUCUUCGGAGAUCCUGGAUUCAUCAUUUUCUUCGUCCUAUGUAUGGCAAUCCUGACGGUAACUGUCGUGGGAACGUCAGUGGACUUGCACCAGUCCUUCAAAGAAAAGCCGCCAAAAAAGCUGGAGACCUGCAAAAAAGGCGACGAAUGCAACGCCAACACUUUGAGUUACACGGCCCGCGGGCCGACGGGCGUCGUCGAAGAGCGGCACAGUAUUAAGUGCCCUGCGGUCCUCGAUGACCAGAGCUCUGGUGCUUUGCAAAGCAGAGCACUGGAAAUUCUGACGGCUUUCUCUGUCAGGCAAAAUGCCAAACGAUUUUUUGCCGACAAGGAAAAGCACGAGGGCUCGUUGACCACGGUCCACGGACUCAGGGUCUUUUCGCUCAUCUGGGUCAUUGCCUGCCACACUUGCCUGUACACCUUCAGAUUUUCAAACAACCAGGCUUUCCGCUUGCUUGUGGAAAAAGAUUUUCUCUUCCAAUCGAUCAGCAAUGGUAAUUUUUCGGUGGACACUUUCUUCUUUGUCAGCGGUACUUUGCUCGCGUACGUCUUUUUGAGGUCGCGCGACACCAAGAAGCCCUGCACCGACAGCGUGGUGCGCAGCAUUAGGAAUUUCUUCAAUUUCUUUAUCUACAGAUUUAUCAGGCUGACACCACCAUACGUGAUUGCUUUGGCGUUCGUCUCGGUCACCUCGCAGUACCAGGCAAGCCACUCGGUCUUUGAUCCGCCGACCUGGGACCACCUGACCUGCCCUAAAGUGUGGUGGAGGAAUUUCCUCUACAUCAACACACUGUUUCCCGUUCAACAAAUGUGCAUGAUUUGGAGUUGGUAUUUGGCGGCAGACACGCAGUUCUACUUGGUCGGCACUGCUCUCUUGCUCAUUUACAUCAGGCGUCCUCGAGUGGCCGUCGUACUAAGUUUGGUGCUCCUGCUGGCCUCUUGGGCCAUCACAGGCACCAUCAGCUACAAUCUGCAGCACCAACCGAGCGUCGACAAGCCAUUUGAUCUCUUUGACGAUCUCUACGACAAGCCUUGGACCCGAUUCGGGCCCUACCUGGUCGGCAUGGCCGCCGGCUGGUUCCUCAGCGAGACUAACGGCGCUGUCAAAAUGACCAAGACUGUGGUGUUCCUUGGCUGGACGCUGGCCAUCUCAACCAACUUCGGCCUGGUGCACGCCCUGUACGGCCGCCUCUUGGGCACCGCGGCCUCUGCGGCCUACGUGGCUCUUUCGCACACCCUGUGGGCAGUCACCAUUGCCUGGAUUCUUGUCGCCUGCACUUCAGGCCACGGAGGCUGGGUGAGCAAGGUUUUGAGCUCGAAACUCCUCGUCCCGUUCAGCAGGGCCACUUACUGCGCCUACCUCGUCCACUCGGGUAUCAUCCAAUGGGCUCUUAAUAACAUGGACGCGCCCAUCAUAAUGAAUAGAGACCUUGUCGUUCAACUGAUUUUUGGUUUUGUGGCGACGUCCUUCAUGGCAGGCAUUGCACUGUCCAUCAUUGUGGAAGCGCCUGUGACACGACUUCUAUCACUCUUGCUCCCCAUUCGAGCCAAAAGCAAACCCGCAAACCAAUGCACAUGCAGCACCAACGGCUGAUUACAUCUCCGCCUGCAUGGCUUUGAUUGCCAAGACUUAUCAGUGAAAGUGAUUUGUUUUAUUUUUCAAUGCAUACACUUUCAGUUUUGUUUGAGCUUCCGUGUGCGUGUGUUUCCGUUUUGUACAAAGUGAAUUUUUGCAAGUAAAAAAAUAUCAUACACCUUUUAUAAUAUUAUUAGCACUUUGCCUCUAAAUGCUGAAAUAAUUAACCAACGAGGCAUUCUCUUCGAGACCACUGAAUUUUUGGCCUGAAUUUGAACUGUAUAAUUUUUAGCAUAAGUGAUAAUGUUAGUAAUUUUUUAUUAGACUUUUUAAAAAUAAUUAUUGCUCAAUAAAUACAAUUACAA